UUUUGCUUGUGAUUAUACCUCCAUGAAACCUCUGCUCGCCUUGCAUCGUCGCGCCAUGUCGUCGUCGACGUCUGUGUUGCGUCCAAACAACUGGAAGUCGCUCGCACCACAGAUUCCCAACUUUGCCGGCCAGCAGAACUCCCUCCCGCGUCUCCCCGUUCCACCCCUCGCAAGGACACUCGAUCGUCUAAAGACAUCCCUCAGACCACUCGCUCGCUCUGACGACGAGUACCGCACCGCUGUCAGGAAAAUAGACGACUUCGGGAACGGACUAGCUCCGCUCUUGCAGAAAAAACUAGAGCAGAGACAGCAGGACUCCGUGCACUGGCUCGAGGAAUGGUGGGACGACUAUUCCUACCUCGCUUACCGCGACCCUGUCGUGGUAUACGUCUCAUACUACUACGGUUUUGAUCCACAACCCGUGCAUCUUCCCCAAACACCCGCGGCACGCGCAGCGGCGAUCACCCGUUUCGCUAUGCUCUUCAGACAGAGGCUCCGCGCUGGACAAGUGUCCCCAGACGGUACUCGCGACAACCCCCUCUGUAUGGACACAUACAGAUGGAUGUUCGAUUGCUGCCGCAUCCCCGCCAUCCCCGCGGACUACUCUGUAUCCUAUGCAGGUAGUCCAAACCCAGACACGGAUCUUGGUCACGUCGUCGUCAUCCGCAAAAAUAGAUUCUGGAAACUCAAGGCAGAGGUAGAGGGAAACGUGUUAGGCAUGGCUGAACUCAUAAAGCAGUUCCAGCACAUCUACAAUUACAGCACCACAGAAUAUCCUGCAGUAGGGGCUUUGACAGCCAGUGAUAGAGACACAUGGGCAAAGGACUUUUCCCUCCUUGCAUCGGUUCCACUCAACGCCGAGCACCUCCGUACCAUCCAUUCGUCCGCAUUCGUCGUCUCCCUAGACGACUCAUACCCUCCCCCCAAGAACGAAGUGGACGUGUCGAGAGCACUCUGGCAUGGCGUCAUCGGACCCACCUCAAGUAAAACCCCACCGCACAUUUCUCGCGCCCUCGAAUCUCGCUACGUCGACAAACCAGUCCAAUUCGUUAUUUUUGACAACGGUGUGGCCGGACUUCUGGGCGAACACAGCGUCAUGGAUGGAACGCCUACCGCUCGGAUGUGCACCGACAUCCUGACAUGGCUGGCGGACCCAAACUCGGACUUCGGACUCGUCCCCCCUACGUUCCGUGCACCCCAAGCGUUACCGGAACCUGUACCACUGGAUUUCGACUUAUCAAAGAUCCCAACCAUCCAGACGUCCAUUUCCUCCGCCAAAGACCAGCUGCAUGCCCUCGCAUCGGCACAGGCCCUCUCAUUCGUCCGCACGAAAUACGGCAAGCGCGCGAUCAAGGCAUUCGGUGUCGGACCGGACGGAUGGGCACAACUCGUGAUCCAGCUGGCAUAUUCACGUCUGGCGGCUGCCCAAAAGGGUAGCAAGGUCACUCCGUGGCCCGUGGGCGCAUACGAAGCUGCGUCUACGCGGCGAUUUUUUAAGGGUAGGACGGAAACUAUCCGUGUGGUGACGAACGAGGCCGUCGAUUGGGUCCGCUCGAUGGAAGACCCGACAUUGGACAAACAACAGAGGUUGAACCUGUUCAAGAAGGCUGUAACAAGACACGGAGUGGUAGCUACGGAAGCGGGAAUGGGAGAAGGUGUCGAUCGGCACAUGCUGGGACUGAAACUUUCCCUCCCUCCCUCGACUCCCCUUCCAGAGCUCUACAGUGACCCUCUCUACGUUCGUGGCUCCCGGUGGACGUUAAGCACAAGCGCAAUCUUCAGCGGCCGAUUCAAGGAGUACGGUUGGGGCGCUGUCGUGCCCGAAGGCUUCGGUGUGGCCUACGUGACAGGGUUCGAUGAUUUCCUCCAGUUUACCAUCACCUCACGUGCGGAGAUGCCCAAUACCGAAUUUGCAAAUGAGAUCGAACGGGCUGCGCAAGACGUAUACCAGUUAUUCGCGGAAGCAGAUUUACCUGUGGGUAAAGCGAUGCUCUGAGCGAGAGCUGCGGGUUGCUGCGGGCCACCAUCACGGCCCAUCAAAUAUCAAUAUUUGAUAGCAUACGAACGUUUACAACAUCAUUGGGGUAUGUACAUAUUAAUACUAUUAAGG